AUGUCCAUGGAGAAGUCCCAAGGGGAAGAGCAAUCAAACAUUUUCUUUCAGCUGUGGAGAUUCGUACCUGAAGAUGCGGCUCUGGCCUUGGAUAUGGCUUUAGCAAAAGAAGCGAAAACAGAGCGGUUCAUGUCGGAACUUAAGAUGUUCUUGGAGAAAGAAGGAGCGCUUCUCUCGAUUACACCUUCACAAGAGGAACUCGAGUUACUUGCGGAAGAAGGCACGGAGGUUAAUGCAACAGUGCAGAAGCUUAUAGAAGGAAGAAACCAGAUGGAAGCAGAGAAACGACCGAACAAGAGAAGGAGACUUCCAGAAGGGAUUAGCAGACAACCAUAA